AUGUCUUCCAUACAGCAAGACAAGCACGGCCCCGAGAUCGCCAAGUGCCGUGCCGACCUCGCACAGAUCGAACAAGUCAUGAAGGACAUCCAGUACGGUAUGAGUCUCGACGACAUCAGUCUCGAAAAGGGGGUGCCAGCGUGGCAGUUGACCUUCAGAAUGGCGACUUAUGGCCUGCAAGCUGCAAAGAUCGGAGCGCUGAUGGCUCAUGGUCCGCCGGCCGAUGGUCUCGUCCACGUCCGAUCCUUGUCCAACGAGGAGAACAAAGCGAUUAUGGUCGAGACCAUGGCGAGGAUGAUGUGUGGCGUCCCGAUGCAUCAGGCGUUGGAGCUAGCCAAGGAUGAGAAGGAGCGAGAGAUACUUACAAGCGUAAGCCGGAGAACUGUGCCCGUCAGCAGAGGAUCGGACGAUAUCUAUAUCUUGUCAAGAAGGAACGAGCUGCAUGGGACUUGCAUUGAAGAUGAAAAUGAUGGCAAUGGGUGA